UCGCCCGGGCCGGCGAUGGCGACCGCGCAAUUCCUAGCCCUCUCCUCGUCCUCCUCCGCCUCCGCAGCCGCCCGCCCCAGGGCCUGCCGGGCCGCGCCGUCCCGCGUGUGCGUGGCCGCGGCCGCGGCGGCGUCAUCGUCGGGCGAGCCCGCGCGGCGGCUCGCGGCGGAGUUCGACCCGGCGAUCCCGCUGGCCUGCGCGGUGACGCCACCCAGCGGGUGGUACACCGACCCGGGGUUCCUCCGGCUCGAGCUCGACCGCGUCUUCCUCCGCGGGUGGCAGGCCGUUGGUCACAUAGGACAAGUCAAGAACCCCAAUGAUUUCUUCACAGGAAGCCUCGGAAAUGUAGAAUUUGUCAUAUGCCGGGAUGCAAAUGGGAAACUUCAAGCUUUUCACAAUGUGUGUCGUCAUCAUGCCUCACUCCUCGCAUGUGGAAGUGGUCAGAAGACUUGCUUCCAAUGCCCUUAUCACGGUUGGACAUAUGGUUUAGAUGGUACCCUCCUGAAAGCUACAAGAAUAUCAGGAAUCAAGAACUUCAACAAGAAUGAUUUCGGUCUUUUACCAAUUAAGGUUGCUACAUGGGGACCUUUUGUGCUUGCCAGAUUUGACGAUUCCUCUCAAGAUACUGUUGGUGAUGUGGUUGGAGAUGAAUGGCUGGGUAGUGCUUCAGAUCUGUUGAGUAGAAGUGGCAUUAACACUUCACUACCCCAUAUUUGCAGGCGAGAGUAUACUAUCGAAUGUAACUGGAAGGUAUUUUGUGACAACUAUCUAGAUGGUGGGUAUCAUGUUCCAUAUGCACAUGGGGCCCUUGCAUCCGGUCUUCAGCUUCAAUCCUAUGAAACACUUACAUACGAAAGAGUUAGUGUUCAAAGAUGUGAAAGUGCGCCUGCAGAACAAGAAGACAUCGACCGCUUAGGGACAAAAGCUACCUAUGCUUUUGUUUAUCCAAACUUUAUGAUCAAUAGGUAUGGUCCAUGGAUGGACACUAAUCUAGCUGUCCCAUUGGAUGCAACCAGGUGUAAAGUGGUUUUUGAUUAUUUUCUGGAUGAAUCUCUUCUGGAUGACCAGGAUUUUAUCAAUAGAAGCUUAAAAGACAGCGAACAAGUACAGAUUGAAGACAUUGCGCUGUGCGAGGGAGUCCAGCGGGGCCUGGAGUCGCCGGCCUACGGCGUGGGCAGGUACGCGCCGUCUGUGGAGAUGGCCAUGCACCACUUCCACUGCCUCCUGCACGCCAACCUCAGUGGCUAGUGAUACUUAUGUGCAGCGUUCAAUAUUGUGUAUAUAAUUGUGAACUGCCAAGCUGGGAGCACAUAGCCGUAGGGCUGUAAUUCUACAGUUCGUCUUCGUCCCCCAUGGUACAAAACAGAGUGUUUGAACCGUACAAAAUUGGACUAUGCCAGGUGAAACUAGAGCUUUGCUA